ACUGUAUAUACUAUACUGUGCCUCCGCGACGACGGGACAGACACAGACGGGAGCGUCGUUACGCGUCGAAGACGGAACACGCUCGGGAAGAGUAAAAAGGGGAGGAAGGGGGACGGACCAAUGUUGUAACGUACGUGCCAAAAUGGAAGAGCCAAGCAUUCACGGCAGUAUCGGCGAUAUAAAUAGUGCGGAGACAACCAAAAACUAUGUAAUACCACGUAAGAAGAGAAUAUGUUUGGUUGGUUCAGCUUGCAAUGAUCCUGCACUUAAUGCUGCUGCUCAGCAGUUUAAAGUCCCUGUACUUAAGUCUGAAACUGGAACAGAAUAUGUCGAAGACACUACCUACUAUACUUACUUUGUAUUCAAACAAUUCGAAGGGUCUGAAUAUCAUACUUUAUGCAAAACUCCUCAUAGAAUGCUGGGAUCGACAGCUUUGUUGCAAUUGGCAGAGAAAAAAGAAUCUCUGCCUAGUAUUAAAAGACCAAUGUUUACACAAGCUAUGAUAGGUACAGUAGUGGUGUUUAGCGGCUUUCGAGCCAGAGAAGAUGAACUGCGCAAGUUAGCUAAUAUGGUCCUAAUUAUGGGAGGUAGCAUUCGAAAAGAGAUGGGCAUUAAAGUAACGCAUCUUAUUGCAAAUCAUUGCAGCGGAGAGAAGUAUAGAUACGCUGACACAUUUGGAUUGCCUAUUAUGUCAGUAGAAUGGGUAAUAGCAUUGUGGAAUGCCAAAGAUGAUGUCUCCAGUUAUGCGGACAAUGAGGAAUUAAUUGCAACUUAUAAGCUGAAGCCAUUUUAUGGAGCAAAAGUAUGUUUCUCUGGUUUUCCCGAAGAAGAGAAGAAACAUAUGUGUGAAGUUCUGGAGCAGCAGGGUGGCGAAUCUACCGAGAUUAAUGAUCCGAAAUGUACUCAUGUCGUCGUAGAUGUACCUGGCUCUUUCUAUCAGAAAUCUACCAAUGCAAAGUUAUAUCUUAAAAAUUCAUCCAAUCAUAAUCCACCCUCCUUAAAAUACUUUAAACCAAUUUCCUCUUCUCUUUAUAAUCCUAAUUUAAACGCGGUUUGUAAUACAAUAAAAACUAAUAAUUAUAAUUACAGUAAUAUAUCAAUCAAUAUUGACAAUACAAAUUUUGUAAAAACUCAGGAUAACUGUUCUUCAUCAAAAAAUAUUCCAUCUGAUGCGCAUGCACAUGAUGCAGAACAUAAUAUAUGGAACGAUCUUAUUUCUAGUAAUGUCAGUCAAGGUUCUGCUAUUAGUAUAGGUGAUCAUUGUUCUAAUCUACAAAACUCAAAUAUUAAAUCUGGCAAUAUAUUUCAUCCCUUUGAGUUAAAUGAUUCUGGUGUAGACAUAACAAAAUCAUCUAAUUUAUCUGCUACAUUUUCUAUAUCGACUAAAUGUUCCAUUCCAGCAACAUCAACAAUGAUGAGCAAUAAAAAUGUUAAAUUCAAUAUUUCUGAAGAUUCUUUACUUAACGAUGAACAUUCUCUAUAUGAAAACAUGUCAAAUCUUCCAGCAAAACCAAAUGAUUUAAAAUUAUCUACACCUUAUGAAAAGAAUAAUGAACACAUAGUCUGUACAUCACCAAUAAGUAAUAAUGCAUUAUCUUUGAAAUAUCAUAAGAAUAUUCAUUACAUACGCAAUAAUACUUCAAGAGCUAAUUCCCAAAAUAAAAUAACUCCCAAACGAUAUAUAAAAUGGAAAAAAACUAAAUCUUGCACAUCUGUUCAUAAAACAGCGACGUAUGAAAAAUAUAAAUUUAUGAAAACACACUCGUAUCCAAACAUAUCGAAAUAUAGUCAAGAACAGUAUAAUGAUGCGUUUUUAUAUAAUACAUUAGAUGAAAAAAAUGAGCAUUUGUCUAAAUCACACACAUCAAUUUUCUCAAAAAUUAGUCAUUUUAAUUUCUGUCCAACAUUUUUUGAUAAUGAGCAAGACACUUUUGCCAAUUCAUAUUAUUCUCCUCCUGAAAAAAACCUCUUUAAAAAGAAAUAUACAUCCUUAUCCAAGUCUUUUCCAAUACCUACAAAGAUUUCAAACACUAAACAUAUCUCAAGAAACAUUUUUAACUUUAAUGGAAAAAGUUGCGGUGUACAGUCUGCAUUACACAACAUAAAAACCAAAUGCACAGAUUUGAAGACUCAGAAGGAUAAAGCAUUCGUGGUCGUAGAUGAAUCUAAUGUAAAUGUACUACCAAAUCUGGUCUCAGUAUCAGCUUUCAUAGUCAAAACUGGAUGGUUUUGGACAUCUGUACAAAAUGAGGCAGCAGCAGAUGAGAAAGAAUAUUUAUUUGAACAUUACCUAGAAACAGUUUUGUCUCCUGCCACAUCUAGUAGACGAAACAGUCAACAGAUUGUGGCAUCAAAUGUAACAUUACCGAAGCAUCCUUAUUGGUUGGGUGGUCCAUUAUCUAAUAUAUUACAAAAUGGAGCAGACUCACCAGCCAGUGUUAGUGGAAGUUUUCUCGACUGCACAGCAAGUCCAGAUAAACAGUUGGAUGGUAUUCCAGAGGUAGAAACUGUUGAUACAGAAAAUUUACAGAAAGUUAGAGAAAAUUUGUCAAAGCGCCAUCAAGUAUUUCUUGAGUUAGUGGAGACUGAAGCCAAUUAUGUUGGUAUUCUCAACACAAUUAUGAUGCUAUUCAAAUUACCAUUGGAAAAUCUUAUAGGGAAAAGUGGAAAAGAAUUGUUAAAUAGCACAGAAGUAAAGAUUAUAUUUGGUAAUUUUCCACCCAUCUACGACGUUCAUAAGCAGUUAUUGGAAGCACUACGUUGCAGUGCUGCUAAUUGGACAGAAGAUAUUAGUAUUGGAAAAAUAUUUCUAAAAUAUGAACCAGAUUUGGUUAAAGCAUAUCCUCCAUAUGUCAACUUCUUUGAAAAUACAAAACAAAUGUUGGAAGAAUGUGAUCAAAACAAACCACGAUUUCAUGCCUUUUUGAAAAAUUGUCAGACAAUACCAGAAUGUGGUAGACAAAGCUUAAAAGAGCUGUUAAUUAAACCAAUACAAAGAUUACCCAGUAUUAAUUUAUUAUUAAGCGAUAUUCUUAAGCGUACCGACAAAAGUAAUCCGGACUAUAGUGCUCUGGAAGCUUCCAUUAGCUGUAUUAAGAAAGUUAUGACAUACAUAAACGAAGAUAAAAGAAAAACAGAACGCCAGUUAGCAAUGUUUGAUAUUUUUAAUGAAAUUGAUAAUUGUCCACCACAUUUAGUUUCUUCACAUAGAUCAUUUAUUAGUAAAUGUGACGUAAUGGAAGUUACAGAAGGUCUUAGUGGACGGGGUGAUCAUUUGGUACUGUUUCUAUUUACUGAUACUCUCGAAAUAUGUAAGAAAAGAUCAAAAGCUUUUAACUCGUUAAAGAGUCCUAAUACUAUAAAUGGUUUGCAAUCGAAUAAAUUAAAUCAAGGAAAGCCAUAUAAACAUAUCAAAAUGUUAUCACUCAGUGCUAUACGGAAAGUUGUGGAUAUACGAGAAACUGAAGGAUAUCACAAACUAUUUGCACUUGUAGUACGUGGUACUCAGGAACUAAAGGAAAAGUUCUUUUCGUUUAUAAUUACUGACGAAGAAAUAAAUAAAACAAAUUAUUUACAAACUUUGUGUAGACAGAUGGCUCUUGCCGUUCGUGUAGCUGAUGCUGAUACGUUACUUAUCAGAUAUGAUUCGCAUCAACUUGAAGUCGGUACUGGUGAUGUAGCAUCAGGAACAUUAAAAAAAACAAUUAAGAGUCUAUUUCAUAAUUUUUACCUGGAGUAUAUGGACCCGUAUGUGUUCCUACUCAAUAGCAUGUGUGAAACCACGUUACAUGUCCCACUACCGUUUGCAUCUCGUACAAGAGCGCGAGUCGGCCGAGCGUUUAGUUUUAAUAAAACGCCAAGCAAAUUAAAUAGAGCGAUGUCUACAAUUAUGUCACCAUUUGGAUCAACACAGAGUCUUCCUCCGACAAAUCAACAAAUAGCUCAGAUGCGGCUAGGUAGCUGCAACAAUAUCAGCAUGGAUGAACUAUAAUAGGGAUCAUGAGUUGGAUAAUGGUGGUUCAAGCUCUCCAAAUAAAGAUGAUGUUCUAGUAGCACCAAUGUCGGAUCAACCGACUCGAAAAGCUCUCAGUAUGGCUUCGCUGCGAAGGUUGUAAUUAGUAUGCACAAGAAGUCGUACUUUCUUUUGCUACAGUAUACUUUUAAUAUACUGAACAAAGAGACGUGCAUUUUUAACAAACCACUGUGGUAUGUUAAACUAAUAUAGAUCAUCUGUAUUGAUAUUAAGACAUUUAUAGCUAACAAAAAAGCCUAAGAACGUACCGUAACAUUUGUAUCCUACACAGUGUUCCGUUCACAAAAUAAUUACAAUUAUUUCGUUUCUACAGCAAAGUUUAGUACGAUUUCAUGAAUAAUGCUUUAUCCCCGAAUACAUCAUUAAUGCAAAAAUGAUAUUACUGUUAUUAGUGCCAAUAAUGCCUAAUUAUUAUUGUUAUAUUACUAUAAUUAAUAUCUUUAUUUAUUUUAUGUAUUAUUUUGUAAUUAUUGUAUAUGCCCCUUUUCUUCCGCGCUUACUUGCCGAUAAGAUAACGGACUAUCACUUUUUUAUACAAAUAUAGUUCACUUUUCGCCGAGCCAGUUUAAUUUUCUAGGAGAUAUAUCAUCAAAUUACACUGAUUCGGGGAUAUUUAUUUACGAAUUUUCUAACGAAUUUCAUUAUUUUAACGACAAAUAGAGCCAAACUAAUCAAUAGACUGCAAACAUAUGCAACAACUUCAUAAUAAAAAUAACAAUAAUUCAUAAAAAAAGAGCAUUAUAUAAUCGUGUCAUUAAUUAAUAUAUCCCGUUGUACUCGCGCAGUUUUGAUGUAAAAUGUUUGAAAGUAUUCGUUCGUUUAAUAAUGGAUUAGACAAAUAUACUAAUAUUUAAUCACAGCAUGAAAUAAAAUAUAUUUUGGCAUCUAACUAAUAAGAAAAAUAGUUUUUGCUUCUCUUUUAUGUGUUUCGGGCAUGAAAAAAUCAUGUGCAGUUUUCACUCACUUUUUUAUUUCUGUUUUUCUAUUCAUUAGAAUUUGUUCAACGGGAGUCAUACAGAGAAGAUCUGAUCAUUGAGCUAUAAAAACUUAAUGCGCGACUUCGUUUUACAUCGAUUGUUUAUCAACGCGAAUACAACGAUAAUGUAGACUUUUUUUAUGAAACAUCUCAAUCUUAUCUAGAUUUUUCAAACAAAAUUAAAAAUGCAAGUUUGGUGUAUAUAUAAAAUAUUCAAAAGUUCGGUAAUGAAAACAUUACUCUUAAUAGUCUAAUAACAACCUCCAUUAUGUGCCAAUAUAGUCAUAUAUACUAUAAUAAUAAAAGUGUAUAUCGCCAACUGUUAUGAAUUUAAUAGGCUUGCUCAGAUAAUAUUGUAUUCAAUAUGACUUGUGCGAUUUGAAUUUUUGGAAUUUAUAAAAAGUUUAUAUAAAAUCUCAAGAGGGCAGCAAAACUUAGAAUUCGAUAAUUUAAUAACAUGAAAACGAGAAUAGAUUCGUGAAAUUCAUAUUAUCUCUUAAAUAUUUGUAUAGUUUUAUAUCUUUAUAUGAUGCUGCACCAUUCACGUCUUAUAUUGAGGAAAUAAACAAUUGCCAAUAUUAAAAACAUUAUUGAAAUUAAAGAUUUUUAAAAACAAAAGGAACAAAUUUGUUUUGAAUAAAUAAUUACAUAAUAACAUGAUAUAAACAACAUGAUGCAAAAAUGAUAAUAUAAAUUAAUUACAUAACUAAUAAUAUUUUUUAAAUAAUAUACAAACUAUAUUUAUGUGCUUUAGUUCGCUGUAUAUUCUAAAUAAUCAUUUACUUUAAUUAUAAUUCAACCGUUUUGAUAAAAACUUUCUACUCUAUUUUUCUUCUAUUUAUCAAAAUUUCACAUAAAUUCUUAUGUAAUUUAUACACAUGUAAGAUUGACGUUAUGCUGCCGAUAACGUGCUUUCUUUAUAGAUUUAAUUCAUUCUGAUGCUUGGCUUGUGAAAUUCAUCUAAUUGCACAUGCCAGUUUUUAAAAUGUUAUUGAUUAUCAAUUAAUUCAGCUAAUCAAGUAAUUAAAAAAUAUAUUGCGAAUAAAAUUAUUAUUCAUAUGAAGGAUGAUUAUGAUAUGUGUAACAGAUAUAUCAUAGCUAAAAUUAUCACAAUUGAUAAGUUCCUUUUUAAUACAAAUUCAUUAUAUGAUAAAUAUUAAUUCAAGGAUUACAGACAUACAGUAUAUACUGUAAUCCUUAAAACUUUCACAGCACUAUAAACUAAUAUUUCAUUUCUGAAUUGUUCUUUUGAUAUUGUUUCGUUAGGAACCGAUUUUAUGCAACAUUAAUUAUUACCAUCGCAGAACUUGCGUUGCCUAAUACUGCUCUACCUUUUGCUAUUAUAUAUAUUUUGUUCAUAAACUUUAAUACAAAUAAUGUAUGCAUAAGAUCGAUUGUUUUACGAAUUCACGUAUACAUAUUCGUUAUUGUAUUGUAAUAUCGAAUAUUCUUAAGUGCCUUUAUUUUGCCUUGGUUAUAUAUUCUUAUGUUCCUUGCAUAUUUUAUACAUUAGCAUUUUUUUGAUAGUCCGUUAUUCGAAGACCAACUAAAGUUUAUUUUCGAGCCGUUAGCAGAAAGUUGAAAAAAGAUAUAAAUAUUUAGUUUAGCUGUAGAAUAACUGACUGUUAUAAGUGCACUUAAAUUGUUAGCGGAAAAUCUUAUAGGCAUAAAAUGAUUUCUAUUUUUCUGCAGUCUGACAUUACUUUUACUCAAUCAAUAUAUUUUGUGUCUCCCAUUUAUCCCCUUAAAAUGAUGACAGCUUUUCUAAAUUAAUUCGAUAAGUCGCUGAAGGAAUGUAAUAUUUUAUAACUUUAUAUGAAUGGCCGCGUUAAUAUUUCAUAAGCCUUAUCAUAAGUAUGAUAAAGAAAAUCGUAUAAUAUAAUAUCAAUAUAAUAUCUUGAUAUAUUUUUGGACCAUUGUAUGUAUUGAUUGAUUAAAGAAAAGUGUAAAAGAUUGUAGAGAAAAUGUGAAAGGAUUUCGGUGAUACUGCUCUUGUAAGAGUUUAUAUUAUACAAACACCAAUACAACUUUCUACAACCGAUUAUGUUUUCAUGUCAUGAUAAAUAUGGUUAGUGCCUUGAGUAUGUUAAAGUACGAAUAAAAUUUGUAUUACAUGAUAAAAUGUACUUUGCAUAUAUAUGCAUGAUUUAAAAGAGAUAAAUUAGUCACGUGUUUUUCUCUUGAUUUAUCGAGGUCUUUGAUGAUACUUUAUAGUGUUUCCUAAUGUACGACUUGUGUUAAACAUUAUUAAGAUUUGACUGUGCUGACUGCUACUUUUUAUUUCAAACCAGUGACAUGGUACUUUACACUCUCUUGUAACGUAUCCUAAACAACAAAAAAUGCUUUUGCAGAUGCCAUUCACAUUGCAUAUUAUUCGAAAUCAUCUAUUUAUAAUAUUAAUAUUAUUAUUAUAAGCUAUUACAUAUAUAUAAAAAACGGAAUAGUAAUAUGAAUCGUGAAAAAUAGAAUUUUUACAUACAUUAAUUUCCGUACAAGAAUUAAUUUGGCAUAAAAUUUUGCAUUGUCUUUACACAAUUGUCAUUUUUCAAAAUGAGAAUAUAAUUUAUAUUACUAUUCCGCCGAUCAACUUGAAUUAUCCUAUAAAAAUUCGAGCGUUAAUCUCGAGUCAACUUUGUAACUUGUAAAAAGUUUUGAGUGUUUAUUUGACACUUUGCGUAGAUUUCAAUAUUUUUGAUUAAAAAUAGUAAUUGGCAGGCCAAUCGCGUCAUAACGCAUCGAUCAUCGCGCUUCAUGCAUGAUUGUAAUUUCUAAAUUUCAUUUCUUUUUAUUUCGAAGAGUUAUUUGACGAAGAGGCGUAAAGUAUAUAUAUAUAUAUGAGCGAGAAGAGAGAGAAAGAGAGAGAAUGAGUCGUGAUAAGCGAAACAAGUGUCCUUGAGAAUUAAAUACAUUGUAAAUAGUAUGAUUAAGUACCUCAGAAAUUAAUGUAUUGUAAUGUAGAAAACAUUUUUUACUACACGCAUAAGAUUAUCGUAUUAUCGUCGUAUAAUUAUCGCGCAGUUAUUUAUAUAUGGUACUAUAAUUCAAUGUAAAAAUUUAUCCUUUAUUAUGCAAAGC